AUGGUCCUUUUAAUCCUCAUCGGCGCAACCGCCAGUGGUGCCUCCUACGUAAAAAGACGUCGCGCGCUCAAAAAGCUAGAAUCCUCAAACGCAGCAUCCACACCCCAGAGACGCACGAGUUCGCCACAAGAAGCACCAGAACAAAUUGACGAUAUCACAUCGCCGCCACCAUAUGAGAGGACGACAAACGAAGUGGUGGUCCUGCAGGGAAGACAUUUGAGUUCCGUCGAGGGUGUGGAGGUGGAUGAGGAUGCGCCGCCGGAAUAUGGAAAUGAUGUUAAUGUUUUUGAGAGUUCACAGACAUUGAUGGGAAGUAGUGAGGUGGAUGAUGUGGAGGUGAAGAGUAGGCUUCGAUUGCAGUGA